UGAGGAGAUAGGAAAGUACAACGUGACAGCAAGCUGUAUCCUGGCCGGAUUAGCGAUGUUAGCCAAGGAGACUGGUUUGACUGUCCUAUUGGUCAAUCUGGUAUACGAUCUCUACAAAUCGUGGCCUCAUGUCAAAAGGAUAUUAUGCGACGGGAAACGAAGUGACGAGGCUGUCAAAUUCACUCGUCGCGCGGCCAAAGUUCUUGUAGCGAUGAGUGCACUGUUGAUCUUCCGACUAGCACUCCUACAAGGAUCCUUACCAAAGUUCUCAGCCCAAGACAAUCCAACAGCAUUCCAUCCCUGUCCACAUGUUAG